UUAUUUUUUAUUUUCUUGAAAAAUAAAAAUAAUAAACAAAUUGUUCACUAAAAUCUACGUCUUCCUGAAUGUUUCUCCAUCCUCAAUUUAUUGAUAUCCAUGCACAGAUUUGGUGAAUUGUUGUUUCCUUGUCGAUCUCUGAAUCUCUACCCUUAUUUUUUAAGAAUCGAAUUGGAUUUGGUGUUUGAUUGUUGAAUGUUUAUGUGGAAUUUGAUUGAUGUAUAUACGAAAAUUUUGAAGUGUAUAAUCUGAGGAAAUGAGAGUGGAAGGAUACAGAUACAAAUACAAAUACAGAUACAAUAGGAAUGCGAACGCUUUGUGACGCCUGUGAGAGCGCUGCGGCUGUGCUCUUUUGCGCUGCCGAUGAGGCCGCUCUCUGCCGCUCCUGCGAUGAGAAGUGGCUGCUGCCAAAGGUGGGAUAUUUUUUUUGAUUUAAGCCUUGCAGAGAAGGAAAAAACUCUACAUUAGCACGCUUUCUUUUCACUUUCUAUCAAGCUUUCGUGGACAUAUUGCUGGAUUUUGUCAUAGGUGCACAUGUGUAAUAAGCUUGCUAAUCGGCAUGUGAGAGUCGGGCUUGCUGACCCCAGUGCUGUACCUCGCUGUGACAUUUGUGAAAAUGCUCCUGCUUUCUUCUACUGUGAGAUAGAUGGAAGUUCCCUUUGUUUGCAAUGUGAUAUGAUUGUACAUGUUGGGGGUAAAAGAACCCAUGGAAGAUACCUCCUGUUGAGGCAGAGAAUUGAGUUUCCUGGGGAUAAACCUGGCCACGUGGAGGACCCAAUCUUGCAACCAAUAGAUCCAGUUGACAAUAUAAAGGGUGAAAAUCAGCCACCCAAACUGAUAAAUGGAGAGAACCAGCAAAAUCACAGGGUCUCUCGUCUUUCUAAGUCAGCCAAUGCUGAUGCACAUUCCAACAUGGAAACAAAAAUGAUUGAUUUGAAUAUGAAACCACAACGGAUACAUGGUCAAGCUUCAAAUAAUCAGCAGGAAUUGUGAAUCUGGAAGCCUGGUUCCUGCAGGAUAACCGAGUAUAGUUGCAUCUGUGCUUCCUUUGCUGCCAGUUUGCACGCCACCUAUUUUCAUUCUCACUUUUUUCUUAAAAAGUGGGUAUUAUGGUCUUUGAGGCUUGCAGGAGUAGGUAUUUCGUCAAUGAAGCUGAGUUGAUUAGACAAACAUAUGGACAGCAUUGGUACUAUCUAUUGCAGAUAAUAAGAUUGUAUGUGCAUAAAUAGCACGCUAAUCAUUUGUAACUAUUUGAAAUUUUUGCUAGUGCUCUUAUUUGCAGGGUAAGACAAAUGUUACAAUGGCAUUGAAUUCUGCAUUUCGAGAUUUCUCGACAUGGUUAAAGAUCCAUAGUAAUGCUUGUUGCAUUUGCUUUCCA